UGUGUGAGGUGGUAAACAUGCAGGUGGGUUAGAAAACACAGGACAACAAUUCACCAUGAACGCACUCCGCAUGUGGAGGAUAUUUCUGAUUAGGUUCUGGAUUCCAGCUGAUUGCCAAAUCAACACCAGUACUGGAACCGACCAUCUUUCAGAGGAAGUUAUCCAGGUCCUGAAGGAUGAGGAGAAUCCAAAAUGCUUCACACGCAGGGGAGAGGAUUUCACCUGCUUCUUUGAGACCAAAGAGAACAAGAAUUUUCACUUCUUCUACCAAUGUGCAGAGCUACAAAGAAAGAAGUGUGAGGUGUCUGUUCAUGAAACAGACAACGGGACUUUUCUGCAUGUCUGCUCCUUUCCCAAGACAGAUGUUUUUAUGUUUACUGAGACAGAAAUGCAAGUGAUGGAUCCCACUAACAACUCUGUACUCUACAGUCGAACCGUUCAUGUGGAGGAUCAUUAUCUUCUAAAACCUCCCUUCAAAAUAUCUGUAAAGCCAAAUGGUCAGGUUGGAGAACUGAAGGUUUCCUGGGAUACAGAAGGUGGAGAAGAUCUGGAAAAAGAGUACAGAAUUCGAUACUCAUCCGGGGAAUCUGGAGAAAAGACAAAACACGUUAAGGACAAAGAUGUCAGCCUCCACCUGGUACCAGGUGAGGAGAUAAAGGUCCAGGUUUCUGUGAAAGCAUCUUUUUCACCAGAAGAGGGUCACUGGAGCAGCUGGUCCAAACCUGUUGGAGCUUCAGUUCCCCAAAGUGCAGAUGAUAUCUCACUGGUAUGUUCGACCUCUGACCUGCACAACGUUACCUGUCACUGGAACGAGACCAGAUACGAAACAGAGAUUAAAUACAAACUUUUCUACAAAACAACUUCCAGAAAUGUGCUGAACUGGACCGAAUGGAGCAGCUGUCUGCCCGGAGAAGCGUCUGAUGUGUGUCACUUUAGUGGAGACGAGUUCAGCAAAAUAAAAGUCAAGCUCAGCAGCACUUCAGAGAAGGUCAACAGAACUUUCUUCAGUCAAGAGUUUAUGCUCCGAAACUCCAUUAAAACCGCAGCACCAGGCCAUCUGAGAGGAGUGCCGGGUAAAGGCAACCUGUGUCUGGACUGGAAAGCCCCUCUUCCAUCUCUGAAAAACCAUCUGCAGUAUGAAGUGAAAAUUAAGAUCAAAGGAGGGGAACAGUGGAGUCAGACAAUAAAAGGCCCAGAGACCAACAUGUGUGUGAAGGCUCCACCAGAGUCCCAGUUCAGUGUUCAAAUCAGAGUUGAACCAACUGGGACCGUUUACUCGGGGUACUGGAGUGACUGGUCCAGUGUGCUCAAUGGUGACAUCCUACCCGACACUGACAUGCUGCUCAUGUCGUGUGUCCUUGUUCUCGUGAUGAUCACAGCCUUCAUCUUCAUCUCUCUGUUUUUCCUUUAUUGCAGUAAGCUAAAGCAGUUUUUUUGGCCUCCAGUUCCAAACCUGGAAAAGGUUCUACAAGAACUUCUGGUUGACAUCAACCAACAGAAAUGGAGCUCUCCGGUCACAACAAAGCAUUAUUUUGAAGACACCACUUCAUCAGUUGUGGAGAUCAUGUCUGAAGGUGAGCUUCCAAGACUGCACAAGCCCUCAGAGGAAUCCUCUGAUCUCCUGCCGUCCUAUGGAAGUUUCUCCUCAGGAGGACCUGAAGAUGGAAGUCUUGGGUCUGAAGUCCCCCCAGAUUACGUGACUCUGAACAAAGAGCUCACCUUCCUCUGCCUUGCAGGAAACAGCUAUUUGUAUGAGCAAGUCAAAGUGAAGGAAGGUUGCCAGGUAGGAGACGAGCUCCUCCACACUAGUUUCUGUUCCUGCUCUGAUUGCUCCACUUGUGCUAAAACUUUCUUAGGCAACACCUACUUUAACCAGUCCUACCUGUCUGGGAGUAAGUGUGCAGACAUAAAUGGUGAGAUUAGAGCAGAAACUGGUCCAGAAAACCCUUACACCAAUCUUUCAAUCAGCUGAAUUUACAGCGGAAUCCGUGAACCUCAUCUCUGGGGGUGCAGAUUUAAAGUUAGUCUGUCAGAUUUCAACUCAGUCACGGCGUGUUUCUCAGUGCCAAGGAACCUCGCCUUGAUGUCUUGGGCCCGCCCCGGUUGCCUAGGAGAUAUGUCAUCAGGAGCCGCCAAGGCGUGAUCCAAUGUUCAUGCUCUACCGAGGCGUGUGUUCUCCGUUUGUUAGCCGUUUAGCUAGCUGAGCAAGGAUACACGGGAGGAGUCGUCUAGCUUGGUCAAAAAUUACCCAGAAUACAACGCGGUAUUUUCAAAAAGACGGCAGAUCAGAAGCCGGCAGCUACUUCAGGGACAAUUUUCAAGUUUAAAAGUAAGUCAGCUAAUUUAAAAUGUUUUUUAGAUCCAAAUAAGUUAUCUAUUGUUGGUUAGUUGCUUAGUAGUUGCAGCUUCAGUGGCUAGCGGGUAGUAACUCACUUAUAUUUUUUAUUUAAUAAACAUAUGCACAAUUAAAAAAGUAAAAGGCUCAUUAUAUAUUUAUAUUGAAACUAAUACAUAUGUAAUAUAGCGUUAUCUCCCGUGUCACGUGACAUUACGUGGCCGCCGUGGAAGCCGCGGUCACGUGAUGCAAGUCUGUUCCAUUUAACCGUUUUCUUUGGCCUAGGAAGGACGGUGUCCUCGUAAGCAAGGCGCCUGGCCUCGCAAGACAUCGCCUCGCAAGGCCAGGCGCCUUGUCAUUGAGAAACACCCACAGUGUUUUUGUUCCUGCUUUGUGCAGCAGAGGCUAUUUGUGAGCUUGCAUGCAUUAUUGUGUUCUUCUGGGUUGUUUUCCGUUUGAAUGGAACAUUUUUGUAUCUUUUUAUUUUGUUUCAGAUAUAAUAAUAAAUACAGCAGAUCUACAAUGUAAAAUAGAUGCUUCGUGAACAUUAUGUGUGUGUUAAUGACUGAUUGUGUUGUAAAGCGCCUUGAGGGGUUCCAGGACUCUAGUAGGCACUGUAUCAGAUACAGACCAUUUACCAUUAGAUUAAUAACAACGAGCAUGGAGCGGCAGUUUAUAUAGCACUGAAAUAAAAGGUCAUUUCAAAUAUCUGCAUUUUGUAUUUUAGUUUAGAAAAGGGAAUAAAAGAAAAAUGAUGGCUGGUGACUAAAAGUACAACCAACUGAUCCUUUUUAUGUUUAUAAUGGUUUCAGGAUUUGUAUAUAAAUAAACAUCUGCUUGUAUUUUGAUCUCAUUUAGUAAAUGUCACAUUUAUCCACAAAUUAUGGGUUUGUUUUAUUUUUUACUCAAAUAAAAAAGCAACUUGUUUUGUUUUUAAAGCCAAAUUAAUUUGUUUUUA